AGAAACCUUCCUACCAGCAAAUCUGUGACAAAAAAAUAUAAGUAAUAGAGAGAUCAUAACGGUUACUUGUCACAUAACAAGCAUUUAAUGUCAGAAUGGCUCAUCUAAAGCGACUUAUAAAACUACAUAUUAAAAGACAUUACCAUAAAAAGUUCUGGAAGCUUGGUGCAGUAAUCUUUUUCUUUUUAGUAGUUUUGAUUUUAAUGCAAAGAGAAGUAAGUGUUCAAUACUCCAAGGAGGAAUUAAGGAUGGAGAGAAACAUGAAAAAUAAAAACAAGGUGUUUGAUUUAAUGCUAGAAGCUGUAAACAAUAUUAAAGAUGCGAUGCCAAAAAUGCAAAUAGGAGCACCGGUCAGGCAGAACAUUGAGGCUGGGGAGAGACCCUGUUUGCAGGGGUACUACACAGCAGCAGAAUUGAAACCUGUGCUUGACCGCCCACCUCAGGACGCUAAUGCACCUGGUGCUUCUGGAAAGCCCUUCAAGACAACCAAUUUAAGUGCUGGAGAGCAAAAGGAAAAAGAACGUGGGGAAGCCAAACACUGUUUUAAUGCUUUUGCAAGUGACAGGAUUUCUUUACACCGAGAUCUGGGACCUGACACUCGACCUCCUGAAUGUAUUGAGCAAAAAUUUAAGCGCUGCCCACCCCUGCCUACCACCAGUGUCAUAAUAGUUUUCCAUAAUGAAGCGUGGUCCACGCUGCUUAGAACUGUCCACAGUGUGCUAUAUUCUUCACCUGCAAUACUGCUGAAGGAAAUCAUUUUGGUGGAUGAUGCUAGUGUAGAUGACGACUUGCAUGAAAAACUAGAGAAAUAUAUAAAACAAUUUUCCAUAGUAAAAAUAGUCAGACAAAAAGAAAGGAAAGGUCUCAUCACUGCUCGGUUGCUAGGGGCAACAGUAGCAACAGCUGAAACGCUCACGUUUUUAGAUGCUCACUGUGAGUGUUUCUAUGGCUGGUUAGAACCUUUGCUGGCCAGAAUAGCAGAGAACUACACUGCAGUGGUGAGUCCAGACAUCGCAUCCAUAGAUCUAAACACCUUUGAGUUCAACAAGCCUUCUCCCUAUGGAAGCAAUCACAACCGUGGGAAUUUUGACUGGAGCCUUUCCUUUGGCUGGGAGUCACUUCCUGAUCAUGAGAAGCAAAGAAGGAAAGAUGAAACCUACCCAAUUAAAACACCUACAUUUGCAGGAGGCCUUUUUUCCAUAUCAAAAGAAUACUUUGAGCAUAUUGGAAGUUACGAUGAAGAAAUGGAAAUCUGGGGAGGUGAAAAUAUAGAAAUGUCAUUCAGAGUGUGGCAAUGUGGUGGGCAGUUGGAGAUUAUGCCUUGCUCUGUUGUUGGACAUGUUUUUCGCAGCAAAAGUCCUCAUACUUUUCCAAAAGGCACGCAAGUGAUUGCUCGCAACCAAGUUCGCCUUGCAGAAGUCUGGAUGGAUGAAUACAAGGAAAUAUUUUAUAGAAGAAACACAGAGGCAGCAAAAAUUGUUGAGCAAAAAUCAUUUGGUGAUCUUUCAAAAAGAUUUGAAAUAAAAAAACGCCUUCAGUGUAAAAAUUUUACAUGGUAUCUGAACACUAUUUAUCCAGAAGUGUAUGUACCAGACCUUAAUCCUGUUAUAUCUGGAUAUAUUAAGAAGGUUGGCCAACCUCUGUGUCUGGAUGUUGGAGAAAAUAAUCAAGGAGGCAAGCCAUUGAUUUUGUACACGUGUCACGGUCUGGGGGGAAACCAGUACUUUGAAUACUCUGCUCAACACGAAAUCCGGCACAACAUCCAGAAGGAGCUGUGUCUUCAUGCUGCCCAGGAGCUCGUUCAGCUGAGGGCGUGCACCUACAAAGGUCACAGGACAGUUGCCACUGGAGAACAGAUCUGGGAGAUUCAGGAGGAUCAACUUCUGUAUAAUCCAUUCUUCAAAAUGUGCCUUUCAGCAAAUGGAGAGCAUCCAAACUUAGUGACAUGCAAUUCAUCAGAUCUACUCCAAAAAUGGCUUUUUAGCCACAACAAUUAAGUGUUCCUUAAAAUUAAGGAGUUGCAAAGGAGAUACUCUUUCUUGUAAAACUGUGACUAGGCAUACACUGUAGUUUUUGAAAAUUAUGCAAAUGCAGCUAAUUGUAACUUAUUCCAAGUGCAUUUUCCAUAUUUAUGUCUUAAGACAUCUCUGCAGCACUGCUGUGGAGGACCUCUAAGCUUUUAUUUCAGAGCACAACUAGAAAUACCAAAGACUAUUGUCAAAUGUCCAGAUAUAGGAGAGAGAUGUUUACAGUACGAUGAAAACAAUAUUCCUGGUAAAGUGACAUUUGUGUAUUUUUUACAUUUGAGGAUUUACAUAGCUACAUUCUUCACACACUCACAAUUUAAAAUAUUUCCCCGAAUUUUAGGGGGAAUGAGUAACGAUUUGAUACUGUAUUUUUUUAACUAUAUAGAAAUGGAUCAAUGAAGGCCAGACUUUGGCCUUUAGUACAAACCAGGAAAUUUUUAGAGAUCUAGAAUGUAUUGUUUUAAUAUGCAGGUAAACUCUUGUUAUCUUUUGUUUACUUGUCUGUCACAUAUUUUCCUUAAACAUGAAGCUGAACAAGGAGUGGAAUAUUUUUGCCACAUAAACUUUUGGAAAACUACAAAGUAUUUUUUAGUCUACCCCACUUGAUGCACAUGUCUUCCCUAAGUUGCUUUUUAAAAUGACUCUGCAGUGUGUUUUCCAAAAAUAAUUUUUAAAACUUUAUAAAUUGUUAGUUGUUAAUAAGGGUCCCCUUUCCUUCCUACUAGUCUUUUUUUUUCUAUCACAAUUCACUAAUCUUGAAUGGUUAUGAUACUGAAU